GAUGUCUUCAUAAAAAAACUUAUUAUAUAUCGUAAUAAGUUUAUAGUCUAUAAUGAGUUUUAAUCAAAUCAAAGAUGGGGAAUACACUUCCACAAUUUACGGCCUUAUUAAAAAUAACCAAUUCACAGACGCAAUUCAUCUGCUCAGUUUUGAACUGGAAAGACAACCUCAGCUAAGAUCUACUUUAUCACUUCUGGCUUAUUGCUACUACCACAGUCAAAAUUAUCCAAAUGCAGCAGAAACAUAUGGCCAACUUAUACAACUUCACCCAGAAGUCGAUGAUUACAAAUUGUACCAUGCUAUGUCUUUGUACAAAUCAUGUGAUUAUGGCGCUGCUAUGAAAGCAACAUUUACUAUUGAGAAUCCAAGCUAUCAACCACAAGUGCUGAAGCUUCAAUCAGCUAUAAAAUAUAUGGAAGAAGAUUUUGUAGGAGCAAAAAGCUUAGUUGAACAGUCUUCAUCAGAUGACUCGGUCUCUGAUAUCAACCUUGGAUGUCUUCUAUAUAAAGGUAGCCAGUAUGAAGAGGCUUGUCAAAAAUUUCAACAAGCUCUCCAAGUUGGUGGAUAUAAAGCCUCUUUGUCCUAUAACAUUGCUUUAUGUUAUUACCAGACAAAACAGUACGCAAUGGCACUGAAGCAUAUUGCUGAUAUUAUUGAGCGUGGAAUACGUGAACAUCCUGAACUCAGCGUUGGGAUGACCACAGAAGGGAUUGAUGUUCGUAGUGUGGGGAACACAGUUACUCUAAAAGAAACAGCAUUGAUUGAAGCAUUCAACCUAAAAGCUGCGAUUGAAUAUCAGCUCAAAAAUUUUGAAGCAGCUCGUGAAGCCAUGACUGACAUGCCACCAAGAUCUGAGGAAGAAUUGGACCCAUGUACUCUGCAUAAUAUGGCCUUGAUGAAUAUGCAGACCAAGCCAUCUGAGGGUUUUGCUAAGUUACAAUUUCUGCUACAACAAAAUCCUUUCCCUCCUGAAACCUUUGGGAAUCUACUUCUACUCUAUCUUAAAUAUGAAUAUCUGGAUCUUGCUGCUGAUGUUUUGGCUGAAUAUGCAGAUUAUACAUACAAGUAUCUUUCAACAUAUUUGUAUGAGUUUAUUGAUGCCGUAAUUACCAAACAGACCGCCCCUGAAGAAGCAUAUAGAAAACUGGAUGACAUGGCUAAUAGGCACAUAGAGCAGCUUCGUAAAUUCACCAAGCAAGUACAAGAGUCAAGACAUAACCAUGAUGAAGUUGCCGUAAAAGUUGCAGUCAAUGAAUAUGAUGAAUGCAUUGAGCGAUACAUACCUGUGCUUAUGCAACAAGCAAAGAUAUACUGGGAACGUGAAAACUACACAGCUGUUGAGAGAAUUUUCAGAAAAUCUGUUGAAUUCUGCAAUGAACAUGAUGUCUGGAAGUUAAACGUUGCCCAUGUUCUGUUCAUGCAAGAUAAUAAAUUCAAAGAAUCAACUGGAUUUUAUGAACCCAUAGUCAAAAAGCAUUAUGACAACAUUUUAAGUGUGGAGGCUGUUGUCCUAGCUAAUCUUUGUGUAUCUUAUAUCAUGACGAGCCAAAAUGAAGAAGCUGAGGAAUUAAUGAGAAAAAUAGAGAAGGAAGAGGAACAGGAUGCUUAUGAUGAUCCAGAUAAGAAGAUUUUCCACCUUUGCAUUGUUAACUUGAUUAUCGGAACAUUGUAUUGCGCAAAAGGCAAUUAUGAGUUUGGCAUUUCAAGAGUGAUCAAGAGUUUAGAACCUUACAACAAGAAACUUGGCACUGACACUUGGUUUUACACAAAACGAUGUUUUCUGUCACUAUUGGAAAAUAUGGCAAAACACAUGAUCAUGCUGAGGGAUACUGUUGCUCAUGAAUCAAUCCAAUUUCUUGAACAUUGUGAACUGUAUGGAAGAGAUAUACCUGUUACUGAUCCUCAACCACUGAGUGAAGGUCCAGCAGAUGGCAAAAAUACAGUGGCAUAUGAAGCUCGUUAUCUGAAAGCAUUGCUACUACAAAUAGUGAAUUGGCCAUAAAGAUAACAAGCUCUAUAUGUAAAUAGAGUGGUAGUCGAAAAGCAUAAUCGUUCUGAUGAAUUGUGUUCAACUUAUCUGAACUUUGUUUGCCUCACCUCACUUAAAUCUAGAUUGCAGCUCAAUUAAGAUAUUCAUCUGAAUUCAAUAUUAACUCUUAAUUUUACUGAUAAGACAGUAAUUUUUUGUUACCCAAGAUUUGAUGAAGAAUAUUUGCCAGUUUUUAAACAGCGAACUACAUUUCAUUAAUAUCUUAUUCGAGUGUAUUUUCAAUUCCUUAAUUUGCUUCAUGUCGUUGCAUUAAAUGCAUAUGUGUAUCAAUCUGGCCAAUGUAAAAUUUUGAAUAUAGAUAUAUUUGCUUUGUUAUCCAUACACUAUAUAUUUUUGUUAUUAAUAGUUCAUGUAGUGAAUAAAAUAAUGUUAAAAAUUGA